AUGGCAGAUACCGCACAAAAAUCUCUUUCAAGAAGACUGUCUGUAGUCUCUACAACUUCUUCAACAAGUACAUUAUCAGGCAGGAAUCGUACUCACCAAGGCAAUUCUUCCAAUAAUGCUUCCGUAACUAACGAUCAGAAUGUACCCGAUUUCUCUUCAUGGUCACAACAAUCGCCUGUGAGAAGUACUUCUAGAACUUCACAAGGAGGGCAAACAUUGUCUCCUAAGAAAUCUAACGGUAAUCUGGUAAAAAAAACAAAGGAAGGGAGGAUGGAUAUGGGACUAUUAGAUACGACUCAUCUCGAUCAAUCAUCAACCCAAUCUUCAUCUCUUCAUUCACAUCUAUCUUCUCGCACAAAACCUAGUCGAAGGCAACUUAGCGACGAACAAAAUGAUGAUCGUACUGAUUCUUCAAGAAUUUCUCAAAAAGAAUAUAGAGCAAUGACAGAAAAUGUGUUAAAAAUAUUUAAGGAUCUAGAAAUGGUCGAACAUAAACUAGCUGACCAGACCAGUCAAGUAUUGGCAAAAAUGGAAAAAAGUUUUACUAGUCAAUCCGCUUCUCUUAGAGAAAGUGAAAGUGAUGAUGAAGAUUUACAAAGUAAAAUUGGUUAUUUAGGAAACGAUAAAUCUCGAAGUAUAAAUUCUACUAAACGUGUACCUUCAAAUCCCACUACACACAUAAAACCUUCUAUUAUACGACGUACAAGUCAAGAAGCUGUUAAAUCACCAGUCAUUUCAUCAUCAAUAACACAUUGGCCUAUUUCUCAUGAGUCGAGAAAAAGAACAAACACUUUAACUGAUGGAAAACAAAUUGGUCAUAUUAAAUAUGCUAGUGAGGGUAUUGAUUUGACAGCAAAUGGCCCGGUUGAGCCAACUGAUAAUAAAAAAUAUUUGAAGGAAUCACGUUCGGAUGAGAAACUUAAGAAUAAGAAGAAAGAUAAACGAAAAACUUUAGAUGUUUCUCUGCAAAUAAAAACUAGUGCAAUGGAGCAAUUAGAAAAAUUUGCUUCAAUAGAACGUGUGCGAAGAGGUAGUACUAUUAAUACUCCCCUUUCAUCAAAAUCUAAAAAUUCUAAUGAUUAUUCUGUAUCGGAUGAUGAUUAUAAUCCGAUAACUGGUCGAACACCUUCACCUCUGCUUCCUACCGUUUCUAAAUCAAAAACUAUGCCUAUAACACCACCACUGUCGGCUCUAACUUCGAGAUUACCACCACCAACUCCUAUUCGUAGUGUUAGUUAUAAUAGUACUUCAUCUCUAUCAAAGAACACUCAAAGUCUAAAAAAAUCAGAAUCUGAUAAUAAUUCGACAGUUAACUCUGAUAAUAUGAAAAAGCGAAAAUCAACAACUAGUGGAUCUAUGAAUUCUUCGAAUACAUCUCCACAAAAACCAAUCAAUAGUAGAACUACAACACCAACAUCUGGAAAACGGGAUUCACUUCCUCCACCCAUAAGUGAUUCACAGCUUCCACCACCGGUACCUGCUAUGCCAAGUUAUCUUCCUAAAUUAACAAAAGAUUCACCAAAAGCUCAUGAUGAUAUUCCUCCUAAAGAUAAAAUUUCUGAUACAAAGAAAAAAACAAGGUCGAGGGGUGCGAUAACCGGCCAACCGCAGACUGAUAGGAUAGUCAGAAGACAGGUUGGAAAAACACUUCCAGCAAAUAUGGCUGCUCCUGCUCAAUUGGCCGCUCUUACUUUACCACCUUUCAAUGUCACUGCAUUGCCUCCAAAUGUUAAAAUACCUACACAUUCCAAUCCUAAUCUCAAAUCAAAAACCCCCACCGCUCCUUUCAGGGUGUUAACAACCCCAACAUCAAAAAUUCCUACACCAACUCUGGUACCGUUAAAACCUGCCAAACUUGGUAGUGGUUUGUCAUCACCAAAUGGUAAAGGAAUUAUGUCGAGUUCAAAGGUAGCACCCUCAUCACCAAACGGAAGAAGCAGUAAACAGAGUCGAUCACAAAUAAAUAAUGGUACAGCGAUAAAUUCAUCAAAUGAACCUACAAGAACUACCCCAAAAAGGCGCCUAUCAACUGCUAUAUCUAAUAUGUUUUCAGGCAAUAAGAAUGGUAGUUCAUCAUCUGCAAAAACUCCGACAAAUAUACCUUCAACGACUGGUCGUAAACACCGCACAACUUCACACUCUGCUAGUGCAAAUUCCUCAACUACCAAUCUUCCUAAUUCGUCCUUACUCAUUCCUAGUUAUGGUGUUGAUGUGGAUUCUUCUUCUUCUGCUGCAAGUACGCCAGGUGGUUAUAAUAAUUCUACUCAAUAUGAUGAUAAUACGACAAGUGGUGAAGAUGAAACCACCUGCUUCAUACCAGAAUCUGAGAAAAACAAAAAAGAACGCGAGAGGGAACGAAAGAAACAAGAUGCCCGAACUAAAGGGUCUUUAGCUAUGAGUCCUCAUGUAGCUCUUAAAACUUAUGCACCAUCUUUAUCAUUAUAUGAACGUUCUGAAAUAUUAGACUAUCCUGAGGUUUAUUUCGUGGGUCCAAAUGCCCAAAAAGUCCCAUCUAGCCCCGAAUUGAGUGGUUGUAAUUUUGGUUUCGAUGAUGAGCGUGGAGACUAUAACGUAAUAAACAAUGAUCAUUUAUGUUAUCGUUAUGAAAUAGUUGAAAGUCUAGGCAAGGGUUCUUUUGGUCAGGUGUUGAAAUGUCUUGAUCACAAAACUGGAGAGUAUGUUGCUGUUAAAAUAAUUCGAAACAAAAAAAGAUUUCAUUGUCAGGCAUUAGUAGAAGUAAAGAUUCUAGAGUGCCUAAAUAGAUGGGAUCCUGAUGAUUCUCAUAAUAUCGUCCAUAUGGAUGAUCACUUUUAUUUCCGGAAUCAUUUAUGUAUUGUAUUUGAACUUUUGAGCAUGAACUUGUACGAGUUCAUAAAGAGUCAUGACUUCCAAGGAUUCAGUCUUGGCUUAAUAAAAAGGUUUUGCGUCCAGCUACUUAAUUCAUUGUCACUGCUACAAAAGCACAAUAUAGUACAUUGUGAUUUAAAACCGGAGAAUGUGCUCUUAAAACAUCCGACAAAGAGCAGCAUUAAAGUCAUUGACUUUGGCAGCAGUUGCUUUGAAAACGAAAAAGUAUAUACUUAUAUUCAAAGUCGGUUUUACCGAUCCCCUGAAGUCAUAUUAGGAAUGACAUAUAAUAUGGCAAUCGAUAUGUGGAGUUUAGGUUGUAUACUUGCUGAGCUAUAUACAGGGGAAGGUGAACAAGAGCAACUGGCAUGUAUAAUGGAGAUUCAAGGGAUCCCUGAGAGAUAUUUAAUAGAAAAGAGUACAAGAAAAAAGCUCUUUUUCGACUCAAAUGGAAAUCCACGUCCCGUUGUAAAUUCAAAAGGUAAACGUCGGCGGCCUGGAACGAAGACGUUGCAGAAUGUUUUGAAAUGUCAAGAUGAAGUUUUCUUGGACUUCAUAUCACGCUGCCUGCAUUGGGAUCCUGAGAAACGAAUGAAGCCGGAUGAAGGUCUCAUGCAUGAAUGGAUAACUGAUGUGAAACUUAGUACCAGGAACUAUCUUACAAACUACGAUUUAAUGAGGCGACAGAGCCCAACGUCAUCUUCUCAUCCAUCAUCAAGUAGUAGUCUUUCGAUGAGACAAGCUAACACCUCCUCGUCUAGCGUAGCUCGUGGAGCAUUGAGCUCACAGCAAAUUUCACACAGCACACAUAAAUCUCAGACUUCUACUUCGAAUCAGAAUCACCUGGUUCCCGGCCAUCCACCAACACGCAGGAGCCUUGAUGCACAAAUACGUAGUAAUGGUACGAGGCAUCAAUAUGUCACAUCCAUUCCGAUGUCCUUAUCUGCUCGAAGCGGGAAAUCCUAA